GUUCAGUCAGUCAUCAAGACUAAAUAUACAUAAUACGAUCGGAACUGAACAAAAAAGUUACAUUUGUAAGGAAUGUGGCAAAGCCUUUGACUGGCACUCCACCCUGUGUCAACAUCAGCCGAUGUAUAUGGGAGGAAAAGCUUACAAAUAUGAAGAAUGUGGUAAGGUGUUUAUCCACCACUCACAUUUUACUCAACGUGACAGAAUUCGUACUGGAGAGAAAAUCUAUCAAUGUAAAGAAUGUGGCAAGUGCUUUAACCAUCACUCAAAUCUUAGUCGACAUUACAGAAUUCAUACUGGAGAGAAACCUUACCAAUGUAAAGAAUGUGGCAUGGCCUUUAACCAGCACUCAGUGCUUACUCGACAUCACAGAAUUCAUACUGGUGAGAAACCUUAUCAAUGUAAAGAAUGUGGCAAGGCCUUCAACCAGCACUCAAACCUUACUCAACAUCACAGAAUUCAUACUAGAGAGAAACCUUAUCAAUGUAAAGAAUGUGGGCAAGUCUUUAACCAUCACUCUAGCCUUACUCAACAUCACAGAAUUCACAGUGGAGAGAAACCUUAUCAAUGUAAAGAAUGUGGCCAGGCCUUUAACCAGCACUCAAACCUUACCCGACAUCACAGAAUUCAUACUGGAGAGAAACCUUAUCAGUGUAAAGAAUGUGGCAAGGCCUUUAACCAGCACUCAAAGCUUACCGAACAUCACAGAAUUCAUACUGGAGAGAAACCAUUCAUAUGUACGGAAUGUGGUCAGGCCUUUAACCGUCACUCACACCUUACUCGACAUCACAGAAUUCAUACUGGAGAGAAACCUUACCAAUGUAAAGAAUGUGGCAAGGCCUUUAACCAGCACUCAAAGCUUACUGAACAUCACAGAAUUCAUACUGGAGAGAAACCUUACAUAUGCAAAGAAUGUGGCAAGGCCUUUAAUCGGCACUCACACCUGACUCGACAUCACAGAAUUCAUUUUGGACAGAAACCUUACAUAUGUAAGGAAUGUGGCCACGCUUUUAUCCAGCACUCACACCUGAGUCAACAUCACAGAAUUCAUACUUGAGGGAAACCUUACCAAAGUAAAGAAUGUGGGAAGGCCUUUAAUCACUGUUCAUCCUUUACUCAUUAUCACAGAAUUCAUAGUGGAACAAACCUUAUAAUUUUAAGGAAUGUGAGAAAACUUUAAAGACGACUCACCCCUUACUCCACAUCAGAGAAUUCAUAGUGGAGAGGAACGAUAAAAUUGUAGAGAAUGUGGAAAGGCUUUUAAGCGAUGCUAUUCCUGAUCAGAGAAAGUGUAUUGGGGAAGAUUUUGGAAUAUGAAGAAUUUUGCAAGCCCUUUAUUCAGAGGUCACGUUUCAUUCAACAUCACAGAAUUCAUACUGGGGAAGAAUUUUUAAAUGUAAAGAACAUGGGAAGGCUUUUAGAACUGCUCAACCCUUUGCAGCAUCUCAGAGUUUAUACUGAGGAAAACAUUACAAAGGUAAAGGGUAUCAUUAGCCUCUAGCUGGAACUCAUAAUUUACUCAACAUCAUAGCUAUCAUACGGCAUAGAUAAGUGUAAAAUGUAGAGAAAGUUGCAGUGCCUUUAACUGGAAUUCAGUCUAUACGCAGUAUCCCAAAAUGCACACUGGAUUCAAACCCUAAAAACAUCAUGAUUGAGGAAAGACCUUCAUUUUAAAUUUUCACUGUAGCAAACACCAGAGAGUGCAUACAGGUAAGUUACUUGAAAGAUGUAAAUAUUUAGAAAUGUAUGUAAGUAAACAUCAAGUGUCAAUAAAUAUCAUAGAAAUCAAGUAGAAAGCAGUACAUGAGUCAAUCUAUUCAGACGUUACAUCAAAAUACUUAUUAUAAGGACUAAUACAAAGUUAAACACUUAGAAAAUGUAUAUACUAUUAUGCUUCAAAAGAACAAGUGGAUGGAUUUUUGCAUAGAUAUAAUGAAUUUUUCAAUAUGUCCUUGUUUUUUAUUUUGUUGUUGUUUUGGUUUUUUUAUUUUGGUUUUGUGGUUUUGGGGGUUUUUUGAGUUUGUUUUGGGGGAUUUUUGUUUUGGUUUGGGUUUGGGUUUUUUUUGUUGUUGUUGUUCAUUGACCUUAUCUGGGAUUUGUGACUAGCAAAUAUUAACAUAUUUGUACCCUCAAAUCACUUCAGAAAACUCAUUUAUUCCUAGUGGGUUUGUGAAAGUAUGUGGCUGAUUCUUGUUGGAUCAAAGAUAUGAGAUGUCCUUCUUCAUUAGGCGGGACUCCUGCAUAUCUAAUUGCCCACGGAUGAGGAAGGACAAUAUAAUAUAUAAAACAUGAAGAAAAUCUAAAUGGAGAUGCUGUUUGUGGUUAUAACAUUAAUGUUAGUUAUGAUGGAAAAAGUGUUCAGAACAUCAUUAUUCUCCCUUUAUUAAAACUAAAGAAUUUCCUGGAUAUUAUAAAUAAAAUAUUUUACUCUGGUCUUUGAGAAAAAAGAGGUGCCAGUCCAGUAAAAUACAGUCGUAAUAGCUGUAGUUAGAAGUAGAGGAUGUCAGGUGAUGUGCUUAAAAUGAAGAAAUCCUCAAAGAUACAAAAGGAGGUUAACUCUUUCUUAAAAUGGCAUAGGAUUAUGCAUACAAAAUUUUUAAGAAUGAUCCCAUGCCUGAAAACAAUGGAAAUCAGUACUCCUACAUCAUGAUAUCAGCACACAAAUGCUUUUUAAUGCUUGAUUCUGUAUUUCCAAAAAGGAUUAUAGAGUGGCUUUGAAAUGUAUACCUUAGUUUGUGUGUGAACGUAAUAUAUUUUAAUUAAUAAAACAUGAUGAAUUUUAACGUGUUA